AUGAUGCAAAGAUAUUUGAAAAAUAAGGCAGUGUGUCCACCAGGAUGUUUGUGCCUCAUAGUUCUCAAUUUAUGCUCUAUAACAUCGACUCUAAACUAUUUGGUCAAUACUGUGAUUGACACGGGGCUGGAUCUUUCGAGUUCUGGUAUAUUGAAAAUCGCUGGUGCUCUAGUCCAAGUCAAUGGCAAUUUAUUGUGCAACGGACAAAUUCAAUUGUUGUCUGGCGUUUUGGUGGUUGAUGGCAAUCUUUCAGUGCUGACAGGCUGCAAGAUAUCUGUUAGUGGAGUAUCAUCGAUCAAUGUGACUGGACCUGUACUCUUGCCCCAAAUAGAAUUCAACUAUCUAUUGGAUAGUUCAUCCAACCCGUUAUCGACACUAACAUGGGUGGGUAGUAAUAUAUCGAUGGAGGUAUCUGCUCUGACAGUAGCAUCCAAUGUCGUAUCGAAAAUGGAGUUUGUCACUCCAAACGCAUUGGUUAGCUUAAAAAAAAGUGCAAGUGCUGCGGCUGGAGCAAUAGCCAAACUUGGCAGCGCAGUGUUCAAGUUGGCAAGCUCACUCUCAGUGAUUGGGUUGAGCUUUGGAGUGGUUUUGAUAGACUCUUGUGUACCGCCCAUUGUCAAUGUGCCGUUGAUUGACAGUCUAUCUAUUUUCAACACGAGUAUAACGACUGGUUUACAAGGCACCUUUACCCAACUCAACCUCACUCAAUCAAAUGUACUUUUCAAUCAAAAUGCAGUGGUCACUACUUUAUUAUCGACAAACUCGAUUGUCAAUAUUGUGAAUGGCGCAUCGACUGUUAUUGGCCAAGUCACCAUUUCACAGUCGUCUCUAAUGUCUGGCCUAACUGGCACUGUGUCGGCUGUGUCUCUAUUGACCGCAUCGACGUUGAAUCUCGGCACACAGGCUACCAUUGCGACACUGUCUUUGGCAGGCUCGUCUAUUCUUAACACUGCUCCGUUUGGACGCACAGAUAAAGUCGCUUGGCGGACUUGUCACCAGCGUCGCCUCGCUGCAGAUCGUCAAGCAGCUGCUUCCUAUCGACUCGCUGACAGUCGUUGCCAAGUCGCUGCUCGUCGACUCGGGUAUUUUAAAGUUGUCCAACUCGAACCUGUCGAUCCUUGA